UUCCAUUGGAGAUAUUUUGAUACGUAAGGAUUUUCAAUGAAUAUUUGAUUCCAAGGGAUUUGUGAAGAUAUUAUAUUUUUAAGAAAGACUAGAAAUUAUGUGAAUUCAGAAGUUUCCUCUUUUGCUCUAUUUUAUUGUGAUUUCAAGUAAGUAUAGGUUCUUUGUUUCUUGACCAAGAAUUAAGAUACUUAUAUAUUAAUUACACCGUGAAAGUACAAAUACUAUCUACAACAGCGUUGGUGGCGAUACAGUUCGUGACCUGUACCAAACAUCCGCUAAGCUUCUCCGUUUAAUUAUUGGGCAUUGUAUUUCUGAUUGGAAUUGGCAGGGUUGAGGAGCGGUUAUGUAGCAGUGAGGUAACACCAGUGUGAUUCAUCAAUGGGGAAGCGAUACCUCGGGAGAGACUCGCAUUACGAAACAGUAUGGUGCUUUGGAAAUUCAAACUAUUCCUUUGGAUGAUCGAAAAUGAAAAAUGACGCGAGUGCGGCCAUAUUUGAGGAAAUUCUUUCUCAAAUACAUCCGUUUGGUUAUUUUCAAAAACGUCUUUUCUUUGUGACGUCUUUGGUCCAAACUCUUGUGACGACUGUAAUUUUAUAUACGGAUUUUGUAUAUAUGAAUGUCAAGAACAGCAAAUGUGUUUAUUUACAACAAUAUGACAAUGGAACUAAUAUUUCCACAGUCACAGAUGCAACAAAGAGUUCUUGUGACGGAGAAUGGUUUAACCAAUGGAAGGUGCCAAUGUGGAUGAACGAAGAGACCUCUCCUGCGACAUUUAGUUAUAUUUGGUUGUGCCAGGGAUGUGGAAUUAUUAUCGGUGCUGUAAUAAGUGGAUUUUUAUCGGAUUUGAUAGGACGCAAACUAGUUCUGUUUGUCAAUCUGAUGCUGAUGAGUCUUUCCCAGGGAGCUGUCUGUAUACUUGAAGAUUGGAUUUUAUUCAUGUGUAUGCGAGGAUUAGUUGGAGUAUUUGCAGGAGGAGUUAUUGUACCCAGCUGUGUCCAAAUGAUUGAGCACGUGGGUCAGAAUUGGCGGGAAUUGUGUGUAUGUAUUUGCGCAUGGGCAGUAGGGAUACCAGUUCUGAUUUUAGAGGGACUAAUCACUCGUCACUGGCGCUGGUUGGGAAUCGUAACGUCUUCUACAUCCCUUCUGUCAAUUGGUACAUAUUUCAUAUAUCCGGAGAGUUUCCGAUGGUAUACAUGCAGAGAAAACUUUUCCAAAGCCGAGGCAUCUAUUAGGGAAAUGAUUUCUGUGAAUGCAACGUCACUUCCGGAUUUUACUCAGCUCUAUGACAGAGCCAAACUUGCCGUCCUUAAUGCGAUGUACAAACGUCCCAGAACUUUCUUCGAUUUACUUCACACAAGGGAAAGAAUGAAAACAACCAUUGUUCUUGUGUUUGUUUGGUUGUUUAGUUGUGCUGUCUAUCGUUGUCUCUAUGAGAGGAUGGCUGGAAGGAUGUCUGACAAUGUUUAUCUGGACACGUUCCUCGUGUACCUCUUAGACCUCACCCUGGUGUACACAACCAUGGUCAUUACAAGAUGCAUUGGGCGUCGAUGGUGCUUGUUCCUUUAUUCAGUGUCUAGCGGUUUUACUUUAUGUUGCAUCCUUGUCACACACAUCAUAAAAACCAUGAAUACCAAUGUUGAUAUGACUCUAGGGAUUACCAUAUUUGGAAAGCUCGGUGUGACGUCAACAGUUAUUCUCAUAUCAUUGGUUACUCUGGAAGUAUACCCAACCUCCAUAAGAUGCAUGGGCUUUGCCGUUGGUCUUUCCUCGGGAAUCGUAGGUCUCUGUCUUGGGCGGUUUUUGUAUAUAGAGUUCUUCCAUAAAGUCCACUUUUCUUACCCAUAUAUUUGUUACGGUGUUGUGAUGGGAUUGGUCGGUUGCGCAUGCUUGCUGUUCCCAGAAACGUCAAGUAAACCUUUGCCAGACUUGGUCAGAAGCAGACACAGAAUGAUCAGCAUGAAGGAGGUAACUCGACUGUCCAGUGCCUGGGAAGCUCAUUGAUGAGGUGGUGUCUGGAGUUUUGCUUUCCGAACCCUGAAAAAGGCUUACCCUAAAGUCUUUGUGAUUGGAUUCAUGAUUCUUGGAACAUGCGUCGGUUGGCUUUGCUUCAUACAGUGUUGGAUUUUGGAAAGACACUGAUGACAGGAUUUUGUUUGAUGUUGGAAGAAAUGGUAAUGAAAUAGGUCGAGGAUGUUUAUGGAAUCUUUUUUAUUAUAUCUUGUUACAUAUAUGUAUUGACAAUAAAAUUAUUAUUUG